UCACUGCAUACGUGGAUGCCCGUACGUAAGAACCGCCCUGGUUCGAGUAUAAAAGCCUCGCCUAUGAUUCGGACCAACCCAGUCUUACUUCGUCCUGGUUCUUGUGAUCGUCGAAGACUCUCUCCUUGUACUGGAUCUAACCAGCCUCCUGUGAUCAUCAUGAACGCCGCUCUCUCCACCAUUCUAUUCGCGCUUUUCUCGGCCGCCUCCGCCGGCUUCAUCGGGGGCUACAGUGGCUACGGCAGUGGUCUUGGUGCCAUCAGUGGUGGUGCUGGCUACGCUGGCGGCUACGGUGCUGGUAUCGGAGGCGCCGCCGUUGCUGCUGCUCCAGUUGCUGUCGCAGCGGCUCCAGCUGCUGUUGCAGCGGCUCCAGCUGUUUCAGUGCGCAGUACGUCCUAUGGCAACAGUGCGGGAGGUGCCGCCAUUCUUUCCGGAGGCGUGACUGGUGGUCUCGCCGGCAGUAGCAUCGGUCUGUUCUCCGGGGCCGGCCUCGGCUACGGUGGAGGACUCGGUCUUGGUGGCCUCGGAGCCGGUGCUGGAUACGGCGUCGCCGUCGCUCGUCCCGCCAUCGCUGUCGCUCGUCCAGCCAUCGCUGUCGCUCGUCCCGCCAUCGCCAUCGCUCGUCCCGCCAUCGCCGUAGCUCCAGCCGUGACUGUGGCUCGCCCUGUGGCUGUGGCUCGUCCAGUGGCUGUGGCUCGUCCAGUGGCCGUGGCCCGUCCCAUCGCCGUUGCUGCCCCGGCUGUGGCUACCAUUGCUGCUGCCCCGGCUGUGGCUACCGUUGCUGCUGCCCCGGCUGUGGCUACCGUUGCUGCCGCCCCGGCUGUGGCUACCGUUGCUGCCACCCCAGCUGUGGCUACCGUUGCUGCUGCCCCGGCUGUGGCUACCGUUGCUGCUGCCCCAGCUGUGUCCAUUGGAGGUGGUCUUGGUGGUCUGGGUCUUGUUGGUGGUGGCUACAGUGGAUUCGGUGCUGGAUACGGUCUCGGCUACGGCGCUGGUCUUAGCAAGCUCGCUGUUGUUGGCGGUCACGGUGGUUAUGGGGUUGGCUACGGCGCCGGAUAUGGAUUUGGCCACGGAGCUGCCCUCGGAAGUCUCGGAGUUACUUAUGGCCAUGCCGCCAAGUGGUGAAUGCCAGCUCCCUCCGAAUGCCCUCGGAUGGUGUAACAACAUCCACCGGAGUCUGUCGGCUGGACUUAUGCAUAUAUACGCAGCCACAAGAAAAACGAGGUUCAACUUAUAAUAUAUUUUCAAAUUUUGUGAUACUCAAUGUCUGACUCAAUACUCAUGCUGGUUUCGACAAUCUGUGUGCGUUUCGGUUCAAAGAGCCAGGACAUUAAAUGAGAAGCCGGUUUUA